UAGUCAAUGGCCAACCAAUCUGAUUCAUCUGAGUUUAUCUUGCUCGGUUUCCCUGGCCUACCAGAGAAUUAUAACACUCCAGUAUCCAUUACUUUGUUCCUUGUCUACAUCAUAGCUCUUUUUGCCAAUGGUACGGUGAUAAUAUUAAUUGUUUUCAGCCGACGCCUGCACCAGCCAAUGUACGUGAUCAUUGCAAAUCUUGCACUAUCCGACCUGCUAUUUGACACAAUAACAUUACCCAAAAUCAUUGCAAAGUAUUGGUUUGAUGAUGGGUCCAUAUCAUUUGUUGGAUGUAUCUUUCAAGUAUUUUGCGUUCACUACCUGGGCAGUUUGGAUUCUUUCAUUAUCAUGCUAAUGGCCGUUGAUCGUUAUGUUGCCAUCAGAAAGCCUCUGAGAUAUUUCUCGAUAAUAACAAAUAAACGUAUUCUGGUUCUUUGUGCCUUUUUUUGGUUCGUGCCAGCUCUGAUAGCUUUGGCAACUGCUGUCCUGGAUUCCAGCUUUCCUUUCUGUGGAAAUACAAUUAAAAGCUGUUUUUGCAACAAUAUGGCUGUCACCGCUCUGGCCUGUAUAGAUGUCACAUUUGUAAGACGAGUGAAUUUCUGUCUGGCUAUGUUUGUUCUUCUGUUGCCUUUGGCUUUCAUUAUAUUCUCUUAUGCAGCCAUAAUCCGGACCAUAUGCUCAAUGAACCAAUCUGAAUGUUGGCGCAAGCCAUUUUAUACCUGUGUUACACAUUUGCUCGUCAUUGGGUUGUACUUUAUUCCGCGGAUUUUUGUGUAUGUGGCUAAUCAGGUGAAAUUACUCCUACAUGAAGAUUUGAGUGUUUUGAUUUUAUGUCUCUACACAUUUGUUCCACACAUGGCGAACCCUGUAAUAUAUUGUCUCAGGACUAAGGAAAUCAGAGGAACCCUGGUAAAAUUCUUCAAAAAGAAAUUAAGCCUUAAAAUGGAACAGCGUCCCGUGGUUAGUGUAAUUAUGGAAUAA